AGCCUCUCACUGACACUUUGCGGAGGCUAUCAUUCAGUAUUCAGUCACAGAAUGUAUAACGUUAUGAAACCCCGCUCCUGCUCGCUAUUUUCCGCGAAUUUUCCUUCUCUCUUAUCUUUUUCUGUCAUUCUAAAUUGAACGUGAAAUUUUUUUGAUUUCUAUUCUGUGGACAAUUUAUUCGGUGAAAGGUAUCAGUGGUCCAGAGUGAAAUUGAUCUUGUUAAUUAGGAGAGAGUCAGGUUUGAUAGAGGUGUUGGAUCGAGUGAAACUUGGCAGAAUCAACCAAUCUGCAAUGUAAGGGCGUCAAUAAAAAAGAAGCAAACUAAAAUGGAGCGGAAAUUAUUGUAUGCCUUCCGAGGCUGGAUUGCAUUUGUGGCGUUCAUGGAUCUCGGCACGGCAUUUCGGUGCUACAUCGAGAAGAGGAGCUUCCUGGGGGACCAUUCAGAUACACAAUUUAUUGAGGGAGAUUACACGGUUUCUAGGAUAAUCGGGAUGUAUUGUUUACUGAAAGCAAUUGCCUUAGUUCACUGCACCUUAUACAUACAUUAUAAGCCAGUUGUUAGUAUGGGAGGAUGUGCCCUGGCGCUAACCAUGAUACUCUACUCUUCAGAGGCCUUGUACUUUCGUUCGAGUACGUUAAAUUUUUAUGUGAUUUUUCCAUGCGUGCUAAAUACAAUCACUCUUCUCGGCCUUUUAUACAUCCCGAAAAGAUUACGUCUAUGGGAUCCACAAACAGAUAUCGAUGAUGAAAACUCACAACUGGUGAGACAAAUGACUGGUUUCAAAAAACGACGGGCACCCAAAAAAUUGCCAUAAUGAAGCUUUUUACUUUCAAAUGAUAUUCUCAAUUUCUAGUUAAAAUUAUGUAAGUUGCCUGAAGAUACCAUGUUUAAGGUAAAAUUACUCAAAACCUUGAAAAACAAAAAGAAUGAAAAGCUUUAAAUAGAUUUUAUCAUAGCGAGUAGAUGAUUUAUAAAAAAAAGUAUUAUUAAGAUUUGAGCAUCGCGCUUUGAAUUUUCGGGCAAUAUCUUAAAGAAAAAUACUUAAAACUUAUUGUUUCUUCGUGUUAACAUUGUCAUGGGGCAAAAAUUGUUUAAAGUUACUCAUUUUAUCGAUUACAUCCUACACAAGUUUUUUAUAUAUGAAACAAUAUUAAUAGAAGUGCAUUAGUCAAGUCUUAAGUAAUUUUUAUCAUUAAACGACAUAUCUAGGAAAAUAUUUAAACUGAAUUUCGAUACUUGGAUAAUAGAAGAAGUUGUAAAGGUUCGAAAUAGGAAGCAAUAGUGCUUUAUACGGAAGCAAGGCCUAAAAUUCUGUUUGGUGAUUCGAUUUUAUAGAAUUGUUCAUGGAUUAAUAAGCAAAACGUAUGACUAGAGUAGUUGCCACAUUUAAUUAAUCGACUCGUACACGAUGUUAUGAAAUUGUAUACCCUAAGGAAGCUAGAAUACUUUUGUGUGGACUCAUUUUUUUAAAGUAGACGAGCUUAUCGGCUAAAAUUUUAUAUCAAUGAAACAUUUGGCAGCUUUGAAAUUAGCAAAAUCAAAAUAGUCUCAUCUACCAGGUGUACUCCUAAUUAA